AUGAGUGCCAUGUGGCAGUGGUAUAGAAACAUCUGUUCGUGGAAAUCGAGGCGUCCCAACGAUUUUAGUAGACGAGCAAGGGCGAUUUCCGAGAGAUUUCAAGGACGGCGGAGCGAUUUCCGGCGAGGCUUGAGAGGGUACCCUCGUGAGCCAGGCGAUUUCCGGCAACCGUGGACGGUGGAGAUAACAAGAUGUCUGAUAAUUCUGAAAGAGAAAGUCAAAGCUCCCCAAGUCCCCAUGCCUUCAGUGGGGAAGAGUUUGAGAGUGGUAGCCCUAAUGAAAGACUUGGGUACUGAUGGGGAAAGUACUGAGUCUGAACGUGUGGUGGAAGGGGCUGAUAGUGGAGGGAAAUAG